AUGUCCGCCCAAGAAGAAUUCAACCAGCUGGUGAACAGUAACCGUUCACGCUUCACCUCCCACCCAGAAGACCACGACUCAGACCCUCACUUCUCCGACGACGAACCCACCUCCCGCCUCCGCUCCCGUCAAACAGCCGACUCCUCCGACGGAGAAGCCGACGACAUGGUCUCCUCCCGCACCGCCAACGCAAACUACCACAUCCCCAACACCGUCUACGAAGCCAACACAGGCCCCAAGGGCGUCAUCGCCGACGCCCAGGCCUUCGAGCGCGCCCGCAAGAAGUCCUUCCGUCGCACCCUCCUCAGCGUCGCAGGCCUCGACUCCAACAGCCCCUCCUUCAGCUCAAAGUCCACCCGCGAUGACGCGCCCCUCGCAGGUGACCAGUCCUCCGCCAGCGAAGACGACGAUGAAGCCCGUUUCAUGCGCAAGUGGCGCCAGUCGCGCAUGCAUGAGCUGCAGGGCCGGAGUAAUCGCCGCCCCAGUCCGCGGGGUAGGCGGUUUGGAUCUGUUGAGACUGUUGAUGCAGUGGGGUACCUCGAUGCUAUUGAGAAAGUGACUUCUGACACGGUUGUUGUUGUCUGUAUCUAUGAUCAACAGUUUGAUGACAGCGCUAUCGUCGAGGAAUGUCUGGUUACUAUCGCUGCCAGGCAACCAACUACCCGCUUCGUUAAGAUGCACCAGGAUAUUGCGGAGAUGGACCACAUUAAGGCCCCCGCUCUGCUGGCCUACCGUGGCGGCGAUGUCUUUGCUACCAUCGUCGAUGUCCUGCGCAACAUUCCUCGCGGCCGCAGCUGCAGUGCUGACAGUCUCGAGGACUUGUUGAAGCUGCACCGCGUGCUAUGA